AGGGGUGCUUUUCCCGGCUCAGGGCCGGCUCCUUGCGCGCGUCCACGCCCGAGUGCCCGCCUUGUGUGCUAAGACCUCGGCCAUGGUCCGGGGCCACGCGAAGGAGGAGGCCCAGAAGAAGAACGCGGCGAAGCUGGCGGCCCAGAAGACGUCGGGCAGCCAGAAGGAGGCCCAGAAGGCAGGGCUCAAGGUGGUCUGUCCGUCCUGCAAGAUGGAGAUGACGAACUACAAGUGCCUGGUUCAACACUUCGACUCGAAGCACCCCAAGGAAACGUGUCCCCCGGCGGAGUCCUUCGCGGGCUAGGGCGUGCCUCGGCGCCGGAGCUGGUGGGGUGUGACCGCUCGCGCGCUGCGUCCAGGGGGGGCCCUCCCGGGCUGCUGAGAGGGCGGGUGCCCGUUCUGGGGGAGGACGAUGCGUCGAGGAAGCGGGAACACGCGUGUGAGGCGCGUGGGUGAGCGACGCGUGCCGUCUCCGUGUGCGGAACGGGCCCGCUCCGUCGCCGAACGAGGCGGCGUUGGCCUCGUGCUUUGGGAGGCGCUCUUCCCCCAGCUGCGGGUCUGGCGCCCGCGUGCCUAUCCAUGUUGGCGUGCGCCCGAGUGAGGGUGAGCGUGCAGUUGGGAGGAAGAGGAGGAGGAGGAGGAGGAGGAAAAGGAAGGCCAAGGUGGUUGAGAGCCAAGCAAAGGUAAGCUAGGUUUAACCAUCGCACGGUAAUUUUCCACGGCUUACAAUUCAUGCCAACCGCAGGGCUUGCGUGCACGCCGCAUGCCCUGUCAGACUCUGA